AUGGACACAACGAACUUCACAUCAACAAGUCAGCUGUUUUCCACCUAUGCACACUGGACAUUGUGGAGAUUCGAAGUAGUGUACACAUUCACCGCUGGCAUCAGUUCGAGCUCAUUGGAUUUCAUCAUCAAUCAGUCGCCGAACAAUGGCUCGUGUUCCAUCGAUCCACCUAAUGGUAUGACAACGCCCCUGUUCGACGUGACAUGUUCAGACUGGUUUGAUAGUGAUGGCAUCAAAGACUAUUCACUUUUCAUCUGGACGAGUGAUCCAUCGAAACAAACUCUCAUCGCAUACUCAUCGAUGUCAACAUUCCAAGUCCAGUUGCCAUCAGGUGAUGAUCCAACAUAUGAAGUGCAUCUGAUAGUUGAGAUUCGUGAUGAGCAUGAUUGUUUGACAACAUACAAUCUGUCAUCAUCGAUUUCUGUUCAGUCUGAUUGGAGCGAAAUGAACGACUUUAUCAAAAGUGUGCAAAACGUUUCGAAUCUCGAAAUCAUUGACAGCUCGUUUGCUCAGUUACUGGGCAGUGAAAAUCAGAAUGUUGUCGGGCAAGUGAUUACUCUGCUUUCGAAUGAGUUCAACAGAAUCAGUGAUGAAAACAUGACGAAAGCUAUUUCAAAUGGUGUACCAUCAACAAGUAUCUCAGUGUCACAUUUGGGAAGUUCCAGUUCACGACAAAACUCAGUAGCACUGAAUGUGACUGCAUUGAAUGCGUACAAGAAUGAAGUCAACUCGUAUGCACAAGCUCGAGAAUACUUGAUGAGAUUCAUUCCAAAUCUGCCUAUCACAACAUCCAAGAGUAUCCAGUUACAAGCAUCAGCCAUUGUGCAAUUGACCAAGACAACAAAUCAACUAACAAGAAACAUUCUGACAAUUGCAAUAGAUCGAUGUUAUAAGUUGACAAUGGCACUGUCCUCGUUGACAAGAGAGAUGACACCAGAGGACACAAGUGCAAUCGCCACUCUGCUAAUGCAGUGUGCUUCGAAUGUGCUAACAGCAGUGAACGGUCCAUUGCAAGAGAGAAUGAUGGUGUUAGAUGCUGAUUUUGUACGUGCAACAUCGUUUCCUCAAGAUUAUGAUGCUGAUCUAGAACUACCUUGGUCAAAUCUCAGUAAGAUGUGCAUCAUUCAUCCUCACAAUCUUUUCUAUGUCUUGUGA